AUGUCGAGUGACCUGCAGGAACUGCUCGUCGAGCAAUCUGCCACGAUCGCUUCAAUCAAGCGAGUACUUUCCAAUUUUAAAAAACUUGGCAAGGCGAACGUCACCUUAUACAAGGCGAAGAAUCGACUGGAAGGCCUGGAGACCUUAUGGGAGAAGUGUCAACAGCUGAACGUCCGGCUUCUCCUCGCAGCAUCACCCGAGGAACAACGAACGAACGGAUACUUUACCGCAGAGGUCUUCUUCGAGGUUGAGGACGUCUAUCACGAAGCCGCGGACUAUCUCGCUGAUGUAAUCGGUAAAUUCACUCGAUGCGAGUCGAACGCGGCUCACUCGGUAAGCGACACCUCUAUACGGGAACCCUCUAUUGCGUUGCAAUUACCUCGUAUAUCUCUGCCGAAGUUUUCCGGUAAUCUAACGGAGUGGGGAAAUUUUCGCGGAAUCUUCGAGUCACUUGUUGCCUCUAAAGAAACGCUAUCGAACACUCAAAAAUUACAUUACCUAAAGGCGAGUGUUACGGGCGAAGCCGCGUUAUUGAUAAAUCAUAUCCAGAUAACAGACACGAGUUACGACGCUGCGUGGAAAUUACUUGUAGAUGAGUACGAUAACCAAUACGCUAUCAUCUUUGCGCACAUUCAAGCCUUUACAGAGCUGCCGAUUAUAAAAACGGAAACCGCUGCCGAUCUUAAGAGGUUGCGAGGUGUUGUUGCCUCGUCAUUGGCUGCGUUAGAUAAUUUAGGCAGACCGGUAGAUCAAUGGGACGAUUUGUUAGUUUUUAUAAUCUCUCAAAAACUUAGUCCACGCACGCGUAACGAAUGGAAUCUGUUACGCGGAAAAACAAGCUCUUAUCCGACUUACGAAAAUAUUCGUGAUUUCAUGACGUUGCGAAUACGAGGGUUGACGGAUCAUUAUAAAAAUAUCGAUUCUUCGCAAAAUAAAAUUAAAGGUUCUAACCGCUGCAGUUAUAAUCGCGCCUCUGUACACAGCGUGACCGCCGAUAAAUGUUUGAAUUGCCCCGGCAAUCAUCGGUUAAUGCAAUGUGAUGAUUUCAAAGGUAAAUCAGUUGAACAGAGAAUUCAGCUUCUCCGAUCAAAUAAAUGUUGCUUCAAUUGUCUAAAAGUCGGCCACUUCCCUAACGAUUGUUCGAGUCAAAAACGAUGUAAUGUGUGCCGACGAGCGCAUCAUACGCUCCUACACCGGGACGUUAAUGCUCAAAAGACGAAUGUAAAUUCUGUCGCGAAUAAUGCGACGCUCAACGCUCAACCGUCUGCUACUGCCUCUGAGGCCCACGACAAGUCCGCUGUUGUCUCUGUUCAAACGAUUAGCGCUCCGAUAAAAAAUCCACCGAAUGUACUGUUAGCUACUGCGUGGGUGAUUCUUCGCACGGUCGAAGGUCGUAAAUUUAAAAUACGUGCGUUAUUGGAUCAGGGUUCUGCCGUUAGUUUUAUUUCGGAGUCAUGCCAAACGCUGCGCACGAAACGUUACCGCGCGAGAUUACUGGUACAUUGCUUUGGUGAACAAUACAGUGGCGUAGCGAAAGCGCAAGUACCGCUCAAGCUCGAGCCGUGUCAAACGCAAGGACCUUCUUUACCUCUAAAUGCUUUCGUAUAUCAAAAAAUAACGUCGUACGCGGGUUCUCGAAUAAAACCUCUCGAUUCUUGGCCUCACUUAAGUGGAUUAAAUCUCGCGGAUCCCGAUCUGUUUAGCAAUCACCCGAUUCAUCUGCUCCUCGGAGCAGACAUAUACGGCGCUUUGUUACUGCAUGACGUAAAGCAAGGCCCAAGCGGAACUCCAACGGCUCAGCUCACUAAACUAGGCUGGGUCUUAUCCGGUUCCACCGGAACUUCUACUCAAAGAACAGAAUCGGUUCAAACGCUAAAUUGCGUCCUGGACCCUCCGAUAGAUUCUCUGCUCCGUAAGUUUUGGGAGAUCGAGGAGAUUUCUUCCGACUCUCCGCUGUCGGAAGAAGAUCAAAAAUGUGAGUUGCAUUUUAAGGAAAGUCAUACGCAUGCCAACGACGGCCGUUAUAUCGUUCGGUUACCGUUCAAAACCGAUCCUCCGCUCGAGAUCGGUUCUUCAUACGAAAUUACCGCGCUUCUAUAUUCUAAAUUAGAAAAACGUCUAGAUUGA